AUGGGAAGGGCAACCGUGGUUACCUUUCGCGAUUUCGAGGACAAAGAAAAUGGCAAGGACCAGAACUGUUCCAAGGUUUCAUCGGUGGAGGAUCCAGAGCACACGAAGGUAGGCCUUGCCCCUCAUCUGGUUUUCACAACUCCGAGUUUCAAGAUUAGUCCUCCACCUUGUUGUCCGAAGUCCAGUCCGGUCAUAGCACCCCUUGAUGAUGAUCCCGCUGCUCAUCCUUACGAUCCUAAAACCAAUUAUCUUUCUUCGAGGCCUCAGUUCCUUCAUUAUAGACCUAACCCAAGAAUUGAAUAUUAUCUGAGUAAGGAAAGAGAGGGCAAGAGACUUGAGGAUAACUUCAUCUCCGGAAGCUCUUCGGCCAUUCAUCCUUCGGCGUUCAGCCUUCAGCCAUUAAGCCAUCGGCCAUCGGCACCUUCCAUCAUUCGGCGCGUGCGAUGUCUUCACAUCCCCCCCAAUGAUUCGGAAUCGGCCUUCAGCCUUCGGCCAUCCAGCCUUCGGCCAUCCAGCCUUCGGCCAUCGGCACCUUCCAUCAUUCGCCGCGUGCAAUGUCUUCACAUCCCCUCAAUGAUUGGGAAUCGGCCUUCAGCCUUCGGCCAUCAGCCUUCGGCCAUCCAGCCUUCGGCACCUUCAAUCAUUCGGCGCGUGCGAUGUCUUCACAUCCCCCCAAUGAUUCGGAAUCGGCCAUCAGCCUUCGGCAUUCAGCCUUUGGCCAUUCAGCCUUCGGCCAUUCAUCCUUCGGCGUUCAGCCUUCGGCCAUUCAACCUUCGGCCAUCGGCACCUUCCAUCAUUCGGCGCGUGCGAUGUCUUCACAUCCCCCAAAUGAUUCGGAAUCGGCCAUCAGCCUUCGGCCAUCCAGCCUUCGGCCAUUCAACCUUCGGCGUUCAGCCUUCGGCCAUCGGCACCUUCCAUCAUUCGGCGCGUGCGAUGUCUUCACAUCCCCCCAAUGAUUCAGAAUCGGCCUUCAGCCAUCGACCAUCCAGCCUUCGGCCAUCGGCACCUUUCAUCAUUCGGCGCGUGCGAUGUCUUCACAUCCCCCCAAUGAUUCGGAAUCGUCCUUCAGCCUUCGGCCAUCCAGCCUUCGACCAUUCAGCCUUCGGCCAUUCAGCCUUUGGCCAUCGGCACCUUCCAUCAUUCGGCGCGUGCGAUGUCUUCACAUCUCCCCAAUGA